AUGACCUGGUGCCCGUCGAUUCGACUUGAAUUAUUAUUUUUGUUUGAAAAUAAAAUCAAAAAAAAAAAUUCAGAUGGUUACACGACGGCGGAUAUUGACUACUUCUGGGGCAAGAAACGGUCCGAUUCCCAAAUCACGGCCGUCCGAUUCGACAACUUCAUGUUGCCCCAGUUCAAGCAGUCCAACUACAAUGUCAACAUCACUAAAGCCGUCACUUCGUCGGGUUGGUUUUUUGGAAGGUUUUGGUUUUUUAAGUGAUUCUUUACGACUUUUUGUACUUUGAUCCUUAAAAAAAGGCUCAAAAACGGCUUGUGAAUGGUUCACUUAAGCCGUCACUUCAUUUGCUUGGAAAUUUUUCAAAAAUUAGGUCAAGAUUCCGAAAAUAACAUCAGUUUUGAGAGAUUUUUCACUAUUUUUCGUAGUUUGAUCCUUAAAAAAAGGCUCAAAAACGGCUUGUGAAUGGUUCACUGAAGCCGUCACUUCGUCGGGUUGGAAAUUUUUUAAGAAUCCAGGUCAAGUUUCCGAAAAUAACAUUAGUUUUGAGUGAUUUUUAACGAUUUUUCGUACUUUGAUCCUUAAAAAAAGGCUCAAAAACAGCUUGUAAAUGGUUCCCUGAAGCCGUCACUUCAUCGGGUUAUUUUUAGACAAAAUUGAACUAUAAGCAAAGUUUUCUGUGAGUGAGCGGAAUAAACUUGGAAAAAAUAAACCUACUUACCAGGAAUAGCCGCGGCAAAAAGUUUGUUGUACGCUCUAUUGAUAAUUUCCUUCAAAUUUGAAGGAUUUUCAGUCGGUUUCUUAAUUCCAAGGCUCCAUGGGUGGAAAUUAAUUUCAGAAAGUAGCUAUGAAAACAUAGCCAUUUUGAGUAGUUACUUGUGCGCUCCAUUUAGCGGUGAUGAGCAGCUCAUUGAUAAUUUGCAUUAGCGGUGAUGAGCAGCUCAUUGAUAAUUUGCUUCGAAAUGCCGAUUUCGAUAGUUUUUUUUAACCUUCCUAUCAGGCUGAUGAAGUGUCCCCUUAAGGGAAAAAUCUGAUGAAAAAAGCCGCCCUAGACAGUCCCUUCUGCACUCAGACAAGCAAGCAAUUUUUUUCUCGAUAAUUCGAAAAAAAUUUAAUCAGAAGGUUUGGGGUUUUUUUCAGCUUUACUAAAAAAAUUUUUUUAAGAAAAAAAUUGUAUGAAAGUGUGGUUUCCAGGAUUUUUUUAAAAAGCACAUCUUUUGCAGGUGAAUACGUCCGGCUGUACUUCGAGGUGCUUCUCGUCCGCAACAUGGGCUUCUACACGAUGAAUAUUGUUAUCCCUUCGAUGCUCAUUGUCACGAUCUCAUGGGUUCGUUUGAAAUUUUCUGUCGAAAGAACUAAAAAAAAUCUUGGAGGAUUAUACUUUAAAAAAAUCAAAACUUUCAGCCUGGUUUCACGAUCUUUAAGAGCCUAUUCUCUGCAAUUUUCCGAAUGAAACAAUAAAUCAACACCCCAUUUGAAGCAAAAAGAGCCUGUGGACGCCAAAAAUAUGUCGAUUCCAUGGUUUUUGCUCUAUUUUUUAGGCCUUUCGGGGGUAAAAAUCCGAAAAAUUUUUCACUAAAAAGGAUAGUAUUGAUCGAUUCUUGAGCACUCAUCUCAUUUUUAGGUUACACUUCGAAAAAAGUAAAAGUCAAAAAAGUUCAUGAUUUUUUUUUCCUGAAGAAACGAGUAGUUUUAGGUUUCAUUUUGGUUGAAUCGGGAAGCUUCACCGGCUCGAGUCGGCCUCGGAGUGACCACUGUGCUGACCAUGACAACUCUCAUCACUACUACCAAUGUAAAUCGAUUUUUUUAAAUCGAUUUCCAUUGAUUUAUCGAUUAUUUUCUAUCGAUUUAUCCAAAAAUUUCAGAAUUCCAUGCCCAAAGUCAGUUAUAUCAAAGGCCUCGACGUGUUCCUCAACUUUUGGUUUGUUUGAUUUUUUUGCGUUUUCAUGGAUUUCAGAGUAUUAGGUUCGAUUUACUAGGUGUAAACUUCAAAUAGGAGGAGUAAGAGAUCAAUUGUCGCUGGAAGAGACGGCAGAGAAAGAGGGUGUCUUUUUUUCUCUGGCGUCUCUCAUGGUUGCUGCCAAUCUCUCUUUGUUCAAUGAGUUUUUAAGUUCCAGUCGUAACAUCGAAAAUGCCAAAGAUAGCCUGAGGAGAGGGUAGAGAAGAAGGGCAUCUUUUUUUCUCUGUUGUCUCUCAUUAACGCUGCACCUCUCUCUUCAUUCAUUUUUAUUUACUCUCAGUCAUAUCAUAGAAAUCAUCGGAGAUAGCUUGAAGAGAGGCCAGAGAAAGAGGGUGUCUUUUUUUUCUCUAGCGUUUCUUCAGGAUACCAUUGAUCUUUUUUUUCUUUCGAUCAAAAAAGCUUAAUAAUAUUUCGAGAAUGAGUUAGAGAACAACAGCGGCUUAAAGAGACGCCAGACGAAAAAUAUAUCUUUCUCCGUCUCUAUCUUCUCUUCAAAGCUUUCACAGUCUCCUCUCUUCAAAAUUACCAUUCAAAAGGUCAAUUUUUCAGUUUCGUGAUGGUUUUCGCCUCGUUGUUGGAGUACGCCGUCGUCUCCUACAUGACCAAAAGACUAGUCCUGAGAAGGGAAAAGCGUCGGAAAGCCGCCGAACAACAGCAACGGACCGAGAUGCCCAUGUUCCAGGCCUCUCCCAAACAAGGGAAUAAUAAUGUGGGUUUGAGGAAUACAAAGAGGAGGUUUAUGGGUUCUGAAAUGGUCGAAGUGCUGAAAAAAAAACGACCUAGGAAAGCCAGAGUGGUCCCUAGAGGGGCAACCCUUGAAAGUUCCCCUAUAUCUGCCACCUUACCGCUUCCUCUAGGGGCCAUUAAGGCUUGAAAAAAGACCAUUUUAGGGUUUCAGUUAGUGGCCACUCUAGGGAACCUUACUAGUCGAUAAUGGUUAUAAACUCCAUGAGAAGAAGCCCUUCAUGAAAAAUAAACAAUUUAGCGCUUUUUGAAUGAAACAAUGUCAUGAGGAAUUGAUCAUGUUUUUCUUAUUGAAAAAAAAAGUUGAAACGCCCCUAUAGGGGCCACUUGAGCUUUAGGGACUGAGAGGAAAGGCACAAAAACCCUAGAGGGAGCCCUAUUUUGUCCUCCCCAGGACAUAUUUUUCCCCUAACCUCUAUAGGGACCACUCUGUCCAUUUUAUUUUCUUAAAAAGAAGAAACAUUUCAAUUAAAGGCUUGUUUUCUGCAACCACGCGCACGCAAUAUUGCACGAUUUCAGAAAUAAAUUUUUAAAAAAAGAUGAAUUUUUUUGAUUUCAUGAUCUCAUGUGACUUUUUUCAUUGUACUCUAGUUUUUCGUUACUCCAAUGAGAAAUUAGGACGCCCGACCCUAAACGGCUUUCACAAAAUACACCAAUGAGAAGUUAGUGCGCCCGACCCUAAACGGCUUUCGCAAACUUGAAAAAAAGUAUGGAACAAUUGGGAAUAAAAGCGUUUUCGAGCAUUUAGGAGGGUAUUCUGUUUUGAAAAAUAUUAAUGAACCUUUUUUUGUCCUAAUAUGAGCUCAAACAACGAUUUUAGUCGUACGAAAUGGCGAUAAUGUCGCAAAAUUCGACACCAGCAAAGUCUUAUGUACAGGUGAAGCAUUGGAAAUGUCGAUAUUGUGGUGUUUGUGAAGUUUAGAAAUUGUGGAUCGGAAAAAAAUAUAAUGAGAAAGUUGGCCUGGGAGAAUGGGUGGAGAGAGAAGGGGAAGAUUGUAGGGAGCCAGACAGAGAGAGAAAUCGCGUCUCUCCUCACUUUCCAUGUUCUCUAUUCUUCCUCUAGCCUCUGAAUUUAGACCGAAAGAUAGAUAUCAGAAACAUUUUACCGCUUUACAGAAGAGGAGAGCGAGAAAGUAUGUGAAAAGUGGAGAGAACAGACGCAUAGAGAUAUCGGUUCUCCCCUCUUUCCACACUAUUUCCCAUUUUCCAGCCUCCUGGAUUUUUUUUUAGAAAUUUAGGCAUUUUUUGUCGAUCUUAACCUUUCUUUCUUAAAAAGGAAAAAAAAUUGGCCAUUUCAAGAAUAUGAUAAAACGAGGCAGUGUUAUGACAGAGUAGACGUGCAGAGAAACAGAGAAAUAGGAGAAUGUACGUUUCUGAAUAGUUUUAAAGCUGAAAGAAGCCUUUAUCUACAAUAUCUACCACCAUCCAAAAAUUAAUUCAAAAAGAACUCUUGAAACGAUACGAGAGAGUGUGUAGACAGUGGAGAGACCCAGACGUGCAGAGAAAUUGACUCUCUCCUUUUUCCCUUCUUUUCCUCUUUCGGUGUUGUUCGUGCUUUUUCAAAUUAUAACCAAAAAAAAACCUUGUAUUUUCAGGCCGAUCUCUUCUUUGCUGGCCACAACUCGUCGAUGGUGAGCGUUUUCUCGAAUUUUUGUUGGAAUCUUGAGAUUUUUUGAUGAAGUUUGGGGGGUGCAAGCAACAGUUCAGUCAAUGUUAUCGCGUUUUCGAGGUAAAAAUCUUAUUAAAAAUCACUUAUCGGAAACUUUUUCGAAAAGUUAGCCGUGGAGCGCACAAUCUCAAAACAUUUCGGCUGUUUUCUUUGUUCACAAAUGAAACUUGAACAACCUAAAAUUUGGGUCAAAUACCAUUAUUUUUGUUGUUUUUCGAGCUUGAGAAUGAUUAUUUUUGUUGUACCUUUUCAAUUGAACCAAAACUCAACAAUUUUUUUAGAAAAAUAAUAACUUGAAAUAUUUUCGAGAAUUUUAAUAAAUCAGACCGAGCUCCAGUUGUUGUUGUUGUGUCUAAAACUUUUAGUCGAAUAUAAUCAGCCUAAAUACCCAAUUAUAGCCACUUGAAGCCAAUUUUUGAACAAUUAGCCGAGGAGCGCGUAAUCUCAGCGCAUUUUGGCUGUUUUUUCUUCAUAAGUUGAUUGCUCAUUUUUCAUUUUUUUUUUUCUCCGUUUUUUAAUUUUGCCAACGAUUUUCAGUCGUAUCUUCUCACUUGUAUCAAAAAAAAAACUUAAAUUUUCAUUUGUAGUCAUUUCAAGCCAAUUUUUCAAAAAAUUAGCCGUGGAGCGCACAAUUUCGCAUCACUUUUUAUUCAUAUGCGAGCCUAGAGGAGUUUACAAUUUGAUUUUUUUGCUCAUAAGAGGAAAAUAUUGUAUGUUGGUUAAAAUAAAACCAAUUGAAUUAGUCAAUAUUCUAAUAUUUUCCGGCUUUAAAGAAUUUUCCAGUCGAAACUUUUCACAUGAACAAGUUUCUAUCAAUUUUUGUCAACUUAACCUUUUUUUUUCAUGAGUCAGGCUUGAGACUCCUCAUAAGUGUCUCAAAAUUCAAUUCACUUCAAGCUUGAAGUUAAUUUUUUAGUAGGAGCUUUUCUCCAAAAACAAAGUUUGAGCAACUCUUGUUAGAAACAUGGGAACCGAUGUUAUCUCGAGAGUUUUGCGUGGAUCUCUGAAUGGCUUGUCAACAACUGUGUGCGGCAAUUUGUCAGCCGAGCACGUUUUCCGGGAAGAAAAUCCGCCACGAAUCCGAUCCAUCAUUGUCAAAAACGCGGUGCGCCUCCUCGUUUCCCUCCCGCCGUCGUGCCAAUUUGCCACAAAACGACAAAAGACGUUUCGCGCUCCUACGUUUGAUCUUUCAUCGAAACAACGGAAAGAAGAAGCAGAGGGACCUGAAAAAUGGCCUUUUUUAGCCUUUCGAUAGUUCAUUGACAGAUCAGCGUGCACCCUAAAGAGUUCACUUGGAUCUAGAAUUCAAGAGAUUACAUUUACAAUUAUACAUCAUUCGAGUCUUGGAGGAAUAGAUAAGAAGAUCUCGUGUAAUUGUAGAUUGACCAGUAAACUUUUUAAAGACUGAAUUGAAAUUUGGAAGUGAGAAAUUUUUAAAAAGUCAUUGGAAAACUGACCCUGAGAACGCAGUCGAAGCGGGCUUUUUGUUCAAUUUUGAAGUUUCGGGUGAAUUUCUGAGUUUCAGACGAUUUUACAACCAGACAUUCGGAAAGCUUUGAAAAAAGUAUCAAAAAAAUAUAUGAAAAAUGGCCUAUAAAUGCUGCAAGAUGGCUUUUUUUUUACCUUUUGGCCUCAUUAGCGCUUCCUUUAGGGAUAUUCAUGUAGAAUGGGAAAAUUGGUUGAGCUACUGUAAAAAAUGAUCUAAUAAAGCUUGAAUAAGAGGACUUGGAAAUAAAGGCUGCGUUUCCACGCUCCAUGGCUGAAUUUCAAUAAAAGGGAUCGAAACUGAACUAGACAGAAUAGUGAUCACUAAACAACAAAAAUGACCCCUGGAAUGAUUCGAAAAGAAGUCUAGAGGCUGAAAAUGAUCAUACAAGUGCGCUCUAUAGAUAAAAUCAGUUCUAAUCUAUUCAUAAAGCUCGGUAGCGAAAAGGACGUUUCUGAGCAUGUCCAGUGGUCCCUUUAGCGGCGUUAGAGCUCUUAAGUGAUCCCUAGAACUGCACAAAAAUGUCCCAUUUCCGUCACCCCGGUCCGAGUUACUCCUUGAACUUUCAAAAUUUGGAUUUUUUCGGAAAAAAUUGAAACAAAGAUAAAAAAAUCAUGAAGUUUGAAAAAUAUUUCAUUCAGAACCCCCUGAUGGAGAUCCCGGAGAACUGCGACUGUCGAACCAUUCCACUGAUGCAACAUCCGAGGCUCGUCGCCGACAAUGCCCAUACGCUGUGGCCGGCGCCUUUCGGCAAGCCCAAAAAGGUGGGCUGGAAAGAUAGUACGCCCUGCGAAAAGCUGAGUGGCCCCUAUAGGGAGAUAGUCUGUUUUUGGCUUCUCUGCGCCCUUCUCGUCUCUCGACGACCCUCUCUUGAUGACGCGCUGAUUUCGCGUUUCUCUGACCUCGCCGUUGAGCGAACAGAGAGACGCAGACAUGCGAAAACUGCCAAGUCGCGGCCGACGGGCUAUAGAUAUUUUGAAGAUUUAUAGGAGGCGUUGAUUGAAUCGAAUGAGUAGCGUAAAGUUUUUGUGACAGUUUUGAAACGUAUUUCAUCUGUUGAUUGCCUUGAAUGUAUGGUAGAAAAUGACGCUUUGUUCAAAAGUUUUAUAGAAUUUAUUCACGUCAAAGGGCGCGUUUUUCGCCGUUAAUCUUUCAGCAAGGUCCAUUUCAGGCCCGGAAAGUCCAAAAUAGCUCUGAAUCGUCCAAAAAUUCAAAAACUAGCUUUUCGAUGUAAAUUUUCGGGGACAGGGAUUUAUUUUGGAGCGCAAUAAACACUUUUACUUAUCCGAAAAUGCCUCUUAGAGCAUGAAAAAGUUCAAGCUAGCUGUGAAUCGACUAUUUGACAUCAUAAAGGUACUGACCCUUGCGGCGGCGAAUGGAGCAUUUAUUAAGAAAAUAACUUCAAAGAAAAACUGCAAGAAAAAAAUCUUGCAAUAGAAAAAUUCUCGAAAAAAGACUUUUGAAACUCGUAUUUUCUGUAUUUUCGCAUAUUUAUUCAAUCGUGUGAGAAAGGAAAAAUUUUGAAACCUCCAAAAUAUUUCAUUUUUCGAUGACCGUCUGGUCAGAUCUAUCCAAGCAAGUUAAAGAAGAUUUGAUUAUCAAUCUUGAUUUGAUCCAAAAUUUAGUAGAACUUUUUUUGCAAUUUUUUUGGUCUUGUUCUUGAUUUUUAUAUCGAGGAGGUUGAUGCGCAGUGAAAUAUUUAGGAGAUACGGAGCAGCUAGGAACUCUGAUAAACACUUUUUCCAAUUUUCCUGUAGCUUUCCAAAAAAAAGGUUGAUACAGUUUUAUAUCAAGAAAAAAAAAAUCGUUGUUUUCUCAGAGUACCGUAAUCUCAAGGCCCAUAGUCUCCGAACUUCGAAAAAAAAACCCCCAAUUUUCUUUGCGGAAAACCGAAAUUUCAGUGCAAAAAGUUUACAGAUUUUUCUCCUCUUUUUCAUAAUAUUUUCCGUUUUUCUUUUUUUGCUUUCGUGUCCUAUUAUCAUGAGCUAAGUUUUUAACUCAAAGGCAAUGGAUCAUUAUGAUUUUUCAAAUUUUCUCUGCGGUCUCGAAUUAUGGGCAUUGGGAUUACGGUACUCUGAGAUUACGGCUCCGAAGAUUUGCGGACUUGAGAUAAAGCUUACCAUCAGAAAAACGGAAAAAGAUCGAUCGAAGUGAAUAGAAAACUAUCGAAUUAUUGGUAAGCGAAACUGGAGCUCUAUACUCGUCAGUCGAUGCUCAGCCAAUAUAUAGCCUUGGAUACGUAAUAUUUGCGAAAAAACGAAGAGGGGGACCCUCAUAAAAAUCAUACACUUUUUUUUAUUCUAAUUAUUUAUUCAGUUAAUGGAUUUUUUCCUUGAUUCUAUUGGUUAGAAACAGCGACCCAAAGAAAUUCAUAAAAAUCACCAAUUUUCUAGGCAUCCAAGACGUGCUACCAGCGUUGGACGCCGGCCAAAAUCGACAAAAUCAGCCGCUACGCGUUCCCCCUCACCUUCUCCGUCUUCAAUAGUGCUCGAAUUUUUCGCCAAAAAAAUCAAUAAAUCGAUAAUUUUCCAGUCGUCUACUGGAUCCUGCUCAAAUUCCUCAGCUCCGGCUCAUCUGGCCUCGUCCUGGAAGGAUGGGCCACCAUCGAUCUGGAAGAUUGA